AUGAGAGCGGCAAAGCAGCUUGGGAAGAAGCUUCGAAGCUUCAAGCCUCAGCAUGCAACACGCAGCUCCAAAGAGGAUUCAGACAGCUCUGAUGACUCUCACUCAGCCGUGUUUGACACUCCUCGUGCCCCAACAACUGCGGAGCAAAUGAAAAGCCAAGUCGAGAAACUUCAGCAGCACGAUGCUGCAAGUGCAGCCAAGGUCUGCAUGGACAGUCUGAAAGAUAUCAGAAACGACAUGGAGCUGGAAGAGAGGUUUCGAGAGAGUAUCCAGAUGUGGAAGUCGUCUGUUCCUUCAGCUACUGAUUGUGCGGUGGCUGUGAUGAUUAAUGCCCCGCACGAUUUCAUCAUCGGUGACACCUUGAAAGUGACCUGCGCCGUCCGAUUUCUACUGGACGAGCACCGAGUACCAAGUGACGAAGACUGGCUUGGGCUUUACCCGGAUCUCUCCUCCAUUCGAAGGCUGCUCAAAGGCCAAGUUCUCAAGGACGUGGACCUGCGAUCUGUACCGGACCUCGGUCUGAUCGCCAAGAUCCCCAUGGCGCGGUCAAACCUGGCGGAGCUCUCAUUCCCCUCCGACGCCCUCCAUCAACCGGCACCUCCGGGAGUAUUCGAGGUGCGGUAUUACAUGAAAGGGAAUCCUGUUCCGUUCUCGGUGUCAAACCCGAUCUGCUCCAUGUGGCCUGAAGCCAAGCUCUCCUGUGAGACGGAACUUCUUCCUGGAAACGUUUUAAGAGUCGACUAUGAGGUGAAUUGCGUACACGACAGAGACGAUCAUUCGAUCGAGCUAUGGGCUCUGGAUUUGGCUCCUUGGCAAUCAUCGGAGCAUAAGGAAAUUUUUGAAGACGAUCUCGUCGGAUCGUUCGUCUCCUCCAUUCCUGUCCCAGCAGGGAGUCAGCGGGGGAAGGUUGUCUUCGACAACGACAACAUCAUUCCAGGGAGAUACUUCUAUGUCUACCGUCUGAACUCAGAGUUCAGCAACGACGAUCGAGGCCUGCUCAUCGCACGAAGCCCUCUCUGCCUGCUGAGAGUUUCACUUCCUGUCGAGAAGCACAGAGUCUCUGUUAGAGUGUUCCACAUCUACAUCGCGGCGAAUGCUGGGCCAGAAAUGGAGAAAGAGCGAACGCAGGAGAUGGACGAAGUUGUGUUGAGCAACAUCCGACAAGAAUGUGCGUAUGUGGGAUGGGAGGUGAAUGUCAUGGAUCUGCGAGCCUCCAUUCACGACGAUAGCGAUCCAAGGAACGGAGCAUUUGUCUGUCUUCUUGGUGAAAAGUACGGAGAUGUGCUCUCAGAGAUCCCAAGGGAGUCGUCAAGCUGUCUGCGAGAACGACCUUGGAUUCGCAAUAUCUGCAAUCCUGUCUUGUCCUCGUCCUCCAACACUAAGAUGGCUGCAAGCGUCCUGGAAGUCGAGUGCACGUAUGGGAGCAGCGACACCGACUUCCUGGAGCCGAUUCAUCGACGAGCCGUUCGAUCGGCUGCCAUGGAUAAUCUCAAGGGUCGGCUCGAAUCAGUCAAUGCUGGGAACCACGUUCGAAGAUACAAGAAUCCGAAAGAUCUCGGAAAGAUCGUAUUGAAGGACUUGAUCGAAACUUUCAAUCGUGUGCAUACGAGCGGUUCCAAGAGGAGAAUGGGCUCCAUCUUCCGCGCCUCCAAGAGAGGAAGCAUGCAAGAUCUCAACGGGAGCUUCUCCGCAGUGGAAACCAAUACACAGAAGAACGCGUCUAGGAGGAGGGAGAGUGUCGUUGCGAUCCUCAAGUCCCGGCUCCCCCUGGACUAUGCGCGGGGUUCGGUGUCGAUCGAGGAGGCCAGGAGCAUGCUCCAUCGCUUCAACGAUGACUUGAGGGAUUACGAUAUCGAGCUCUUUCUUUCUCACCAUGUAGACUCCAAGGGAGUGGCGGCUCAGCCCCGUUCGUCGCUCACCAUCCCAUAUGACGAAUUUUUGAUCGGUAUGCUCCUUCUACGUAGCGGAAAGCUCAAGUCCAGGGUACACUUUUCCACCUCAAGCAACAAUCACCCCAACGGUCAGAGCGAUGCUGAAGGCAGCAAGACAGAUUCAUCCCAGGAGGCUCAGGGAGGCGACGAUGAAUCACAAGUGAAACCUACCGACACCAAAGUUCAUGCAGCCGACGACGAGGAGGGUGAACUGGCUCUUCAGAAUGUGGAGGAAAAGUCGCUCGCUCUCAUGCAGAGCAUCCUUCUGGAAUGGAGCUCGGAGUUCGAGGGGGCGAUAGACAUGCUGUUCUUCCUGGCGCUGACCAGGGACGGCCUCCUGCAGACUGAACUGCGAGAUGUGAUGAGGAGGAUCAGCCCAAGUCUCCUUUCAGCAACUUUCUACAUCCCUCUUCGAGACGCCCUCAACUUGUUCUGCUUCGACGACCACGGAGUCAUCCGCUUCCGUCACUCUAUCGUGCGCCAGGGCGUCGAGAUGAUCAUCUUCAACUCUAUCAAGAACAUCCAACAAGCAACUCAGGUGGGCCGCACGCUCAGCCCAGCUGACGAUGACAACAUUAAGCUGCUUGUCCGCAUCUGCCGCGUGUUCCACGUGGAGGAGAUUCCAGAGGAGAUGCGGCCGGAUGAGAUCCUCGAGAUUUUGUCGACCAUCUUCCUCCAUGGCAGCAGCAACUUCAAGGCGGCCAGUCGCUCCAAUCCGCUUCCUCUCAAUCCAGUCGAGAAGCGGAAGCUUCAGUACCAGAACCUCGUCUCGGGGAUGGAGCUCGUGCACAAGUCACUCUGCUACUGCCUGCUGUCCUCUCAGGGCCAGGAGAAGAGUGAAACUCCCUGGAUGAUCUCCCGCAAGCCUUCGGCAGAUCGGGAGCCGUCGAGAGAGAACCUGGCAGCUCCGGCAGCUCCAGAGGUCCUGCCGAACCCACUCCUCCAUCUCAUCUCGCUCGCGGAGUUUCUGGACCAGCUUGAGAUCUCUCGCAGAAAGGUCGUCGAGCUUCCUUUCCUCCUCUAUCGCCUCAAGAUCUGGAAGAAGCUUCACGUCAUCCUUCAGUCGCUGCCCUACCUCGAGUACUUCAUCACAUUCCCUGCCCUCAGGCAAGACUACGGCAAAUAUUGGAGAGUGUGUACGGGGACAGGCCUGAGGAAGAUCUAUGAGGACGAGGAGUCAACGAGGAGCGAGGUUCACUCGAGCUCGCAUGACCAUCCUUUCUUCGGUAUCCAGGAGGACACCGUUCCUCCCACAUGUCAAGUGGACGACAUGAUCGAAGGCAUUCGCGACUCGUUCGAGAAGAUCUUCGGCCCUUCCUCAAAGUUUCAGUCAGGCGUGCGGGUGUUUGCGAGCGAGGAUGAGAAGAGAGAGCAGAAGACUAUCAUGAACAUUGCUUGUCAGAUAGGCAUCUUCCUUUGCGCUUGCGCUGCUCCUGUAAAGCAGGAAAAGCCUGUGGUGGUUGAACGACUCAUUAUCAAUGUGGUGGAGGCUAAAGGCCUUCCCAAGAUGGAUCUGGGCACAACAGGAACGGUGGACCCAUACGUCAUCGUCAAGUGUCAUGACAAGGAGUUCAGAACCAAAGUCAAGCGAGGAAACUACUCGCCCAUCUGGAACGAGUCCUUUACAUACAAGGGCAUCCGGCCCGAGCAUGCGGUCCGCUUCGAAGUCUGGGAUUGGGAUGCGGGCGAGGAGGACAACCACGACUUCAUCGGGGCUUUCGAGAUCCUGACGCAAGAUGUGAUCGAGGCUCUAGAGCAUCAGCUGGCGUUGGACGAGGAUGACGACGAAAUCGACGUGUGGUUCGACCUGCUGCCUUCGGAAGAGCAUGCACACGAUGUGAUGGAAGGAGGGAUGAAUGUGAUAGUCAAGGGCUCCGUCCGCCUGCAGUUUCGGCAUGAAGUGAUCGAAGACUACGAUGAAGACUUGGCCAUGGUGCCGCUUGCCCGGCAGAUCUGCGACGCCACCCAGUCCCUGGUGUCCAACGCCCUGCAGGUCAUCCUGGAGACGGAGAUCGAGAUGCCGACCGAUCUCAGCUCUGGUCCAAUACGAUUCCCUCAUGCCGCCAGCACCUGCGCGCUCUUGGCAGGUGACUGCCUCUUCGUCAUGAGGCAGUGUCUGGAGCUCCUCCUCCAAGUCCUUCGCCAUCAGAGGAAGGAGGUCGCGCUCGCCGCUCGUUUCGUGGAGAAGGCGAAGUCAGCAGCGAGGAAGCAACGCCGAGCACUUCAAGCAGCUAAGGAGAAGGCGAAGCUCAUGUCGAGCACGCCAGCUCACGUCCAGCAGAGACUUCGUGAGGAGGAGAACAACAAGAUCAGCCAGUUGAAGGCGAGUCAGGAGGGGGCGAGCGACACCGAGAAGUUUCUCCGGCAGAAGCUCAGCUCCAUGCAAACCAUCUACAACUGCAGCAAGAACGUCUGCAAGAUCGUCCUCAAGAAUGAAUUCGUGGAGGAGCAAAGCGGAAUCCUCAACUUCUUUUCUGCCGACGAGACGCCUCAGAACACAACGUCAGUCGAGCAGGCAGAGGAGGCGUUGGAGACUUUGGUAGAGAUGGAGAAUUUCAUUCAGGAGAGCUUGCAGGUCAUCGAAGAGAAGCAGGGAACCUGA